CGGCGGCACAUUGACUCAAAAGACCCAGGCACCGCCAGCUCUCCAUGGGCCGCGGACCAUCGCCAGUCCUCAAGGGAGUCAAAUGCAUCGUCGAUGUUCGUAUGUCGGCAGGCGACGCCGACGUGGACUGCUCGGCGGCAGUAAGCGAAAAGCUGGAGAGCCUGGGAGCGAAGGUCAUGAAGAGGUUGGGCAGGGACACAACUCACGUAGUUUGGCUCAAUGGUAACCGCAAUGUUCGCGAAGACACACUCAAACGCAACGAAGUCAAACUUGUUGGCCCACUCUGGGUCGAGGCAUGCUUGCAGACGGCGACGCGCGUCCCCGAGACAAAGUUCUUUCCCGUUGAAACUACAGCGAACAAGUCGACACCAUUGCCAACUCCAGCCGCAGAAAAGAAGAAGCGCCGGCGGUCGAGUCUAAUGGAACCUCGUCGUGAAGAUGUGUUUGAUGAGCUGACGACACCCAUCAAGAAGAGUCGGAGGAAAACUCUGGAACAAGUUACCCCGCUAGCGAUUACUCUCACGCCUCAAGAAGGUGUUCAAGCUCGAAGCUUGAGUCUAUGCCGUCAAUCUAGGUCUCCUGACUGCGACGAAAUUUCGCAAUCUACGACUCCCGCGAACUUGCCAACUGUCCAUGAAGCGUUUGACCUGCCAUCUCAGUCUGAUAUUCGCGUCACACGCCAGAGCAUCGAGUCCAACAAUCCAACGCCUCUUUCGAAGGCAGCUCCUGCGUCGAAGCGCGAGACAAAGCGCCUAAGUACCCCUGCCUCAACCGCUCGAGCAACCCCGAAAAGUACCGCAAAAGUCGUCAACCAGGAUUGGCCAUGUCCAUCGUGUACGUUCGACAACCAUCGUCUGGCAAAGCGUUGUAAGUUGUGCGGGACGCCGUCCACGGGCGGCAAGCCUUCUCACGUGACAGAGUUGACGGAUGAUUUGGUGGCCACGAAACCCUCUACGAGGCACUGCAAUAAGCAAGCUGGGGUGCCCACCACACCGUCGCCACUGCCAUCAUCGAAGCAGCGCCAAUCCACUCCGAUCAUUGGUACACCAAAGCAACGUCCACUCGCUCAACGACGCAUAAGCACGGCAAAAUCGCCUUCGAUUCCUCGCGUGAAACCCGGCACUCCCGACAAGACAACCAAAGUGGGCAAGUCGCCGCCGGAAGCAACCAAGGCAAAAAAGAUCGGGGACAAGUACAGUGAUAAAAGCACGGAAGAUGCACCAAACCAACUGACCAAACGAAAAAGGGUGAAGUCACUCGAAUCAAUUCGCGCUGUAAAGGCCAAGAUGUCAUAUACGUCGACGGCAGUGGAAGAAAAGGCCAUGAAAACGCCACCAAAGAAGAGCGCCACGUCGAAUAGGGCAACAACUGCAAUGUCAACGGCGACAACAGCGACACCCGUGAAUGGGGUGUCGGGGUUUCGGCCAGCGUCUGUUGGAAGCAAGACAAAGCGCAUUUCACGCCAUGUGAUCAGCGUGAGCGGAGCGACCCUCGACACGCGCCUUCUUCUCGAAAGCUCCAUGCGUGAGAUCGAUUCGAGCAGUGGGGGAGGCAAGAGCCGCAUUGUGGAUGACUUUGCAGCGCCUGUGACGCAUGUCGUUGUGUCGGACACUUCGAAGCGCACGAUGAAAAUUCUCUUUGGACUCGCGCAAGGCGCGCACAUUGUUUCCGACGCGUGGGUGUAUUCAUCUCUUGAGGCCAAGAAGUGGCUGGACGAGACGCCAUUUUUGAUGGCCCAGUACCCAGUGCCCAAGACUCGCCCUCCGCGGCUUUUUCAAGGCAUAAAGGUGUACGUUGCAAGUGGUGUCGACCCACCAAAAGCGACGCUACAGGCGUUAAUUGUCGCCGCUGGUGGCCAGGCGUGCACGCAAAUGACGGUGGCGUCCGUGUGCAUUGGGGUGGAACCUGCGGUCGGCCGUCGGGCAAAGCAGGCAGGGAUUCCGAUGGUGUCGCCAAAGUGGUUGUUCGACAGUUUGGCCAGGGGAGAACUCGGAGCCGUCGCCCCCGACGGAUCGGGCCAGUCGUGAGUGUUAAUGUACAGCAUUGUAUUUUACGACAAAUUCGCAC